CCCUGUUGAAGUGCUUCAACUCUCGCAUAAAAGCUGUUGAAAAUCUAAAGGAAAAACCGGGGAUCUGCUGAACAAGUGGCUUCUCCUCUUGUUUCUCCUUACCAUCUCCCUCCGGAGUACAAGUAACUUCUGUCGGAAAAUUUAAGCUGGAAGAGUUUUGUUUCUGAAUCCAACCAAGAGACAGCGAAGAAAGGGAAAGAAAUAUAUAGAAAAUCUUGAUUUGCUCCGAAUGGGUGAAAGUCAGUGACAGUUGGUUUCUUGUUCAAUCUGAUUUUUCCAAACUGUUGCCCUCUUCUGUCUUAUCUCGUUCUUUCCCCUGGAGAAAAAAAGCAUUUGUGUCGUCGUCGUCUCGGAUUUCGUCACUUCAUUUAUUUUUCGGCACCCAGUUAGCCAUCCAGGUGGAUAAAUAUACACACAACCUGGCGAUUUGGGGUUGCACAAGAGAACUUUAAUAUUCGACGUGUCUCAUUCAGAAGUCCAGAACAUAAUCUAGAUAUUGACUCGACCGGAAGAAAAUGUGAAGCCAGAAAACAAGUCGACCAUCAAAUUCAUACUCAGAAACUAUCAGCAAAGUUUCAUUGUAUGUGUAUAUACUGAGCACGGGGCUGCGCAACACAAGUUCACAAGUUAUUCUCGAGAGACGUGAGAUCAGUUUCUGUCUUUUGCAGUCACAGGACUUGCUUUUGAACUCAGUUUUCGCAUUUCACGUGAUUGAUACAUACUGAUACUUCAGUGGUCACUCUGCUACAUACAUAUAUGUACAUAGCUACCGAAAAUAAAACAGCGAGCCCAAAAACUUUUCCUUGGAACCUGACUGAAUCAAAUCCCAAUCUCUCUCUCCAUAUAUGUCCCUAUAUCUAAGAUCAACAGCUUCAAUUUACUCGUCGUCUCAUCUUCUCAUGUCAAACAAAGUCGAACGAUUGAUAUUUGAAGUUUGCCAAUUGAGCCAUUUAACCUACGGAUCAGCCAACAAUCUAUAAACUUUUGAAAAAAUACGAUUACAGUCUCAAUCACAAAACAGGAACAUACGUUUUCGUAAAUAAAUUGCAUAAAAAAAGUGAAAGCACUUCAAAAGGUGGAUAGUGAAUAAGGCAAUCAAGCACUUUACUGGUCUGCUGACUCGAGUCAAGAACAAAUUAAUCAGUUAAAGACCCUUGAAACGAGCUCCAAAGUUACCAACCACGAGAGGAGCAGAAACAGCUUCAGUUCUGAUUUCUUUCGACUCCGUCUUUCCCCUUGUUCCUUCGUGAUCAAGUCUUAAUGUUUGAGAUAAAAAGAGAGAAGAGAAUGAUUUUCAGAGAUUUCCAGUUGAGUCUUCAAGCUAAGCUUAGCUCUAAUUAAAGUCAACAUAAAACGCGAGCAUUCGGGCAGAGCGGAGAGCAGUGAGACAAGUUUGUGGAAUAGGGAUCUGUUAUUAAUUAAUGGUUCGGAUCUGCCGGAUCCCUGAUUUAGAACUGAACUUGAGAGAAUUAUUUUACUCGGACUGCACGUAAUAACCAGUGGCGAAAGUAAAAAGUUGCACACAGUCCGCAGCGAAACAAACUCAGAUUAGUGCAUAUUCUAAAUGCGGAGAAGUCCAAACAACAGAUAAGCGAAAAUAUAUGUAGACGUGCAUGACCAGGGAGAAAGCAUUGUUACAGUUUGCCUGCCUGUUUCUUGUUUCAAUACAAACUACGACCACCACCACCACAACCUCUGCUGCUCCUUCCGUUGGUCAUAAACCUUUUUACUUUUCAACUAAAACACAAUUUAGUCAAAGUAUUACGCUUCGAGCCCCAGAGUGAAAGUUGAAAAGGAAGACUGACUGACUGACUGAAGGCGGAUUGUCCACUUGGGACUUCUUUUUACGAAGAGCUAAUUUGCAAGAAAAAGAUUUCAACAUCACAACAGGAUUCCUCUGCUCUUUAGAUUAAUAAAUAUUUAUAAAGACGCUCUUUGUGCAGAAUCACUAGACGGAAAGUAUUACAAACAUAGAGAUACUUGCACACAUACGUGCAUACAUUAGUCAAUUAAUUGUUUUACCUGCAAACAUUAAAAAUAUAUAAUUCUUCUGUCUAACAAUACUUCUGCUUCGAACCCAAGACUUUCUCCAAAAUCAUGGCAAACAACAAAAGAGGAAUAUUUAAUAAGGGACUCCAUCGCCAUAAAAAAAUGCAUAAUAUGAGCCUGGAAAUGAAAAUGAAAAACGGAGGUGACGGGAAGCGUUGUCGAAAAGUCAACACCAAUACGAGUCCUCCUCCGACUGCGACUUAUUGCAACUGGAAAUCUGGAAGGGAUCUCAGGCGGGCUUGCUUCCUGCUCCUCCUUGUCGUAACCCUUUCUUUGAAUAUUGCCUCAACCCUCGCAUCCUGCAAUCCCCCACGGAUCAUAAAUGGGAAAGUGCAAGUGAAGGACAUUCCCCACAAUGGCAAAUACUCUGACAACUCCGAGGCGAUUGUUUCAUGUGAGCCAGGCUACCACCUCAAGUCUGGAGAAGUGAUCUACUGCCAAAAUAACAAGUGGGUCGCUUCCGGGAGCAGAGUGAUGGAAGACCAGUUGUGUGAGAAAAGUAACGAAGAGAGAUGUAACAGCCCUCCUGAGAUUGGCAACGGGUACUACCGGCCGUAUUACGGUGGGAUGGGUGAGACAGAUUUCGCAGUAGGAACGGAACUGCAGGCUGCUUGCGAACCUUCCUUUAUCCUUAAUUGCCCCCAUCAAAAGCCGUGUGGUAGAAUUGUGUGCUCUGGGAAAGGGACCUGGAGACCUAAAGAUCAGCCACUGAUUAACUGUGCUGCCACUCCACAGACCGUCGUCAGUGGGAAUUCAAGGGACAUCAGAUCAGAUGAUGUUCACGGAUCACGAAACACGAGUUCGACCCAGAACUACUUGAUACUGGCGCUUGCGAUGGUCUGCAUCGUUGGCGUGGCUGCAUUGACGAUUGCACUACUGCGACGUCCGCUGUUCUGCAAGAAGCGGGAUCAGUCCCCCUCGGACCCACAUGUCGUCGUCACCUCAUCGUCACCACAUCAUGGAGGCGGAGGAGAAGACUACCAGAAUUCCAUUGUCAUUGGCAUGAACACGGGCAUCUUUGUUCCAGGGGCUGAUUAUAAUUUGCAAGACUAUCACCUUCAAGACGGCCCGUUAUGUGGUACUCAGAUUUUUAAGUAGACAGAUGCCAAGCAAAAUCUGCACGCAAAAUCUUCACAGGAUCGAUUCGUCUCUCUUUUGUCUCCAUGUAAUUUCUGAGAAAAAUCCAUACGCAUGACAGUUGGUCACUGCAUACGGUGAAAAUGUUGGCAAUAUAGUUAAGAGUCAUUGAAAAAAAAUGUAAAUAGUAUUUCCUUUAACAAUCAUAGAUUAUGGAAAGCGAUUGUUGUUUUGACAAAGUAAAAAUGAGAAAAUGAAAAGAGAAAAUGUUAACGGAUUGGUACAAAAUCAAUACAUGUAAAUUCAAAUAUUUUUCAGGUAUCAUUGUAUUACCUCUGCUACGUUUUGGUUGCUUUCCAAAGAACACGUAUUCCAACAUGUGCAAAAUUAUGCUGUAUAAAAGGCUUUUUAACAUACUAUGGAAGAAUUUCUUUUCGUGAGUCCUUGGCGCAUAAAAAUAAUUGUAGGUCAUGAUUAUGCGAUCUAAUGAUCUGUGUAUAAGAGGGAACAUUGCCAAGACAAAAUUCAGCUGAUGACUAAUUGGCCCUUAAUGUAUAUAUGAUAUACUAAUUGGGGAAAAUGAACGUGUUAGUAGUACUACUUACAUAUUGGGCACCUUAAAAACAAGCAUCGUUGUUAGCAUGUACAUGAAUGAAUUGAUAUCUAGUGAUAGAAGAAAUAAUACUUUUACAUAGAUCAGUCUAUGAUUACAGCAUAAUACAGAUUUCUCAUAUCAGGCAAAAUUGACUGUUGUUGUUGCUGCUUUCACUUUGGCAGCUAAUUCAUAUGUACUUACACAUACUUAUUUAGUUCUACAAGAAGAGUAGUCAAUUCUCAUUGUACAUAGUGGGUACACACUUAGCAUACGUAGUAUUACUACUCGAUAACCUUCUAUGAAUUAUGAAUUGCUGCUUUGCAUUAAUCUUAUCUCAGAUAUUCUAAAAUGUAUCUCAACUAAACUAAUCAGUAGAGGAAAAAAAUACUUGGGCUGGUCUCUGAUUGACUUUAGGGGAAUAAAACGCCGGAUACACGGAUCAAACGACAUUCGAAGGAAGGCAAGUUGUGUUGGUUUUGUGAAUAUUGGACUGCAUUUGUAAGCAGUAAAUUUUUGUUGCAACAUGUACAUUGAGAAAUUUAUUGUGUUUGGCUCAUUCCUUUAAUAGGCAUAGAUUUACGGCAUGAUACAGGUUAACAUUGGGCAAACACAUCUGAUUCCACUUGCUAUGGUUUGUUUGCAUGAGACUGAGAACUUGUCCAAAUUGAGAUUUUACCAUGAAUUUACGACCGAUACUGUGUCACAUAAACUUUCUGGUGUGUACUUAUUUAUCCUCCCCUUUUUCCAACUUUAUUGAUUUCCACGUCAUUCAACUCACUCUAAUUUCUGACUUAUUAAUCGCCAAUUUGUCGUAUAUACACAUACAGUCUUUGUAUUAUAACGUGAAUAUUUACCCAUUAUUAUUCUCUAUAUAUAUAUAUGUGUUCUGUAUAUGGUUGUAGUUAUAUUGCUGGUGUAGAUAAGGCAUUCCUUGGAAUAACUAUUGAUAAGAGUAGAGUUAUACAAUCAAGAAUACAAUUAAGAUUAUACUGUAAUAAUAUUCGGCUUAAGCAUACACGUAGACACAGAAUUUGAGUGCUUAUAAUCUUUUUCCUGUAGCCAUUUCUUCAUUUCCUCAGAAAUUGAAAAAAACUCGGCAAGAUCUCUGUGAUGCUGGAACAUACACAUAUAUUUCCUAACUGAAUCUUUAUACCUCUCAAAAACAAUAAAGCAGAGUACUUACGUGCAUAUGAUGAAAUUAUAGGAAAAGAUUAGGAAACCCUAGGUAUCCAGUUCUUGUUUAUAUUUAGGAUCAUGUACUAUAUGCAUAUACUUAUUAUUCAGAGUGUACAAUUAUCACAAAUGGAAACAGAAUUCUAAUCCGUAAUUGCUUGCUGGUUUGAAUGUUUUAAAUCAUUUUAUCCGGGCUCCAUCAUAAAAUCUGAGGAGAAUCCAAUCUCUGUAAGUGAAACUAUAUCUCAACUCAGUCAGCAAUGUGGAGGAAAAUCCGCAUGAAACGAAAUAUUUAUAAAUAAAGCUGCAUACACAGACAUAAAGGAUUGGAUAGGUUUCGGUCUUCAGGGCAAACGGGCGCCUCAUUGUCAAUUUCUCUGAGUGAACCAAAUAGCGACACGACAACACUGGAUUGAGAGUGAGUUGAGCCGAUUAUGAUGACAAAUUGUAUUCCGAAGUUGGCAAAGUCAAAGAAGAAAUCAGCACUAUUUCAUCUUUCAUUUGUAUUUGGCUCACCAUAAACUGAAGCCAUAACUUAAACCAUAUUUGUGAGACACGAGCUCAAUCAAUCAAAAUCACUUGGACGAUAUGAUCUACAUAUGGAUCAUGUGCAGGUGUAAUUUGAGAUCUCCACUGAAAUUCUGCUGUAGCUGACAUGUUUUUGUUGUAAGUUUCGGUUGCACUAUUUUCCUCCUGAAAGGUAAUGGAUCUCGAAUGAAAGGUCUCAUAAAUCAUUAUUGAACGGGUAGAGUUUGUGCACAUGUAGGUAUAGACUAGCUGGUCAUGUAUGUACGUGUAAAUAUAUUUUGAAUAACCUUCGUGCAGAAACGAUAUUCGUUUAUUCUCUUAAUAAGCAUUGACAAAGCUGUAAAGCAUCGAUACCAAAAUUUCAAGAAAUUUGACUUGAAUGCGAAAAUAGUCUAUAUGCAAUUGCACACUUGUCAUGAAGCGUAAACUAAUAAAUGCACGCAAUGUAUUAAUAAGAAUGAGUGCGGUUAAAAAAGCAUGGAUUCUUGAUUUCCCUAAUUGUUUAGAGCUAGAAUCUAUAUAUUAAUCAUGAAGUUCGUAGUUUGAGAACGUCGUAUACGCAUACGAAAUUAUGUACAUAUUUGCAGUCUGAACUAAUCUACAAAAUUAAUUAGUCCGACCUUUCAUUUAUCAAAAAACUUAAUCCAGUUAGAAGUUGAGCUGACGGAAACUUACGUACGUAGUUAAGUUAAUUAGUUCUAGAUGAUACGGAGCGGUAUGGCAAAUGAGAAUUUUUUCCUUCGACCGACGGAGCAGUUUGUGCUCUUUAUCGAAUCUCAAUGUACCCGAAUUCGGGUAAAAUAAUCAAGUCCAACAUGCUGCGUUCUAAAGAGGAUUUCAGAUUCUCUUCACGGUUUCGAUAUUGAGGUGCUAUUCUCAACAGCCAAGUUACGAUUGUUGUGCUAUGUAAUCUUUGGUGCUAUCAAUUUUCUUCUCAUCUGUGUCUGCGUUGGUGGUAUACACAAUAUUUAAAAUACGUAUGGCGACGAAAUUUUUGAUGAUGUGCACAAUCUCAAGUGUGUGCAUUCAACAAUAUUAUGAAGUAAUUUUCUAAACAGAUAAAUAUGUACCUUUUAUUGAUAAGAGAUGAAUCCUGUCUCAUUCACGAACCAGCCCAGCUAUUCUUUGCGAUAUCAAUCUGUGUAAAUAUGUAAAUAAUGUAUUAUCAUAAUUAAAUAAAUGUGCGUGCGUUUGUAGGAAUCGGAAGCAUUGAAAUUCUCAGAGGUGUUAAAAAUAAAAGUAAUCUUUAGUGUAAACUGUUUUUAUGCCUAUAAAAUACAUUGUUAACUUACACGUAUAAGCAUACAUAUGUACAUAAAUACAUACCCAUACAACAAGUGAGUGAAAUACAUGUGCCAAUGUUAUUGGAGUUCUCAGA